AUGAGCGCGCACUCGCGCCGCGACCUCAUGGCGCCGCCGCCGCUCGACGCCGACGACUGCGACGCGGUGCGGUGCGGGUGCGGGCGCGGCGCGCGGCGAGACGGCGCGCUGUGGCGCGUGGCGCUGGCGGAGCUGGUCGGCACGGCGCUGCUGGUGCUGCUGAGCUGCCUGGCCGCCUGCGCGCCCGGCGCCGCCGCGCUGCCGCUGCACCGCGCGCUCGCCGCCGGCUUCGUCGUCACCGCCCUGGUGCAGACAUUGGACCACAUCUCGGGGGCGUUCUUCAACCCGACGGUGCUGCUGGCGGCCGUGCUGUGGGGGAGGGUGGGCGGUCGGCGCGCGCUGGCGCUGGGCGGCGCGCAGCUGGCGGGCGCGGUGCUGGGCGCCGGCGCGCUGCACGCGCUGCAGCCCGCCGCCGCCGCCUCCUGCGUCACGCGGCCCGCCCCCGGCCUGCCGCUCCACGAGGCCGCGCUCAUAGAGUGCGUGUUGGGCGGGUGCCUGGCGCUCGCCAACUGCGGCGCCUGGGACCCGCGCUCGGCGGAGCGGCGCGACUCGUGGCCCACGCGCAUCGGCCUCACCGUCGCCGCGCUCUCGCUCGUCGCGGGCGAGCUGACGGGCGCCAGCAUGAACCCGGCGCGCAGCUUCGGCCCCGCGCUCUGGAGCGGCGCCUGGGACCGACACUGGAUAUACUGGGUGUCUCCGUUGAGCGGGUCGCUGAUGUGCACGCUGGUCUACAUCGCGGCGUGGCGCCCCCUCCCCCUCCCCCCACCCCCCGGGCCGCGCAAGGCUCGCCCCCCCCAGGAGGCCCGCGACGCGAGCGAGGAUGCGUGA